UCGCGAUAUUCACGUCGUCUGUGCGGAACAUCCCGUCCCCAGAAUAAAUAACUCCCACAUUUCGUCUUCCAAUUUUCCAUACAAAGUAAAUCUCAAUCGCUGCCGGCUUUAAAAUAUAUUUUUUAACGCGUGUGUCUUGCUGUAUUUAUUUUUUUUUUUGGAGUUCCUGAGUGUGUUACUUCGAUUUUGGGGCCAGCAAAAAGUGCUGAAAGUGCUCGUGGGCUCACAAAACGCUGCACCUGUCUCACCUGAGCGCUUCAAGCCACAAAAGUGUAAAGUGCAGCGCGACUCUUUGCUUUUCAGCGGUUUUUUUCUAUAUUUGUUAUUUCGAGAUCCGAGAUUCAGCAAGAAUUCUGCGAGCGUGUGCGAGUGUUGUUAUUGCUGCCGCGCUCUAAUUGCCAGGUUUCGUGUGGAGAAUUCUUCGGCCGCUUCUUUUUCAUCUACUUGGGACGCCCGCACCGCAAAUGAGCUCCCUCUGAAUAAUCCGCAAUAAAAUGAUGACGAUGACGGCCACCUCGGCCUCGAUUUCCACCUCCGCAUCGAUAUCCAACUCGGCGUCGACGGACUGCAGCAGCAGCAUGCAGGGAUCGACGACCAGCUCGGCGUCCAGCGAUGUGAUGACCCUGACGACCACGGCGGCCUCCUCGUGGUGCGCCAUCCCGGCCAGCUCCCGCCUGCGGGUGCUCCGCUUGGUGAGGCCGCACCAGAGGCGCCUCCUGGUCGGCGGACCGGAGAGGGGCAGCACCUACGGAUUUGCGGUGCGCGGAGGCCGGGAGCACGGCACCGGCUUCUUUGUGUCGCACGUGGAGCACGGCGGCGAGGCGCAGCUGAAGGGUCUGCGGAUCGGCGACCAGAUCUUGCGGAUCAAUGGCUUUCGCCUGGACGAUGCCGUGCACAAGGAGUUCAUCCAACUGGUGGCUGGCCAGGAUCGGGUCACGCUCAAAGUGCGGGGCGUGGGGAUGCUGCCUGUGAGGGAUCAACCGGAGGAGCGCUUGUCCUGGAGCGUGGUGAAGUUGCCCAGCGUGAGCGGCACUCCCUCGGAGAGUUCCUUCAAGGGCGAGAGGCGUGGCGCCAGUCGGGACAUCAGCGUGGUCCUCCAUGUGGCGCCCAGGACGAAGCUGGGCCUGGGGAUUUGCAAGGGGCCCGAGUGGAAGCCGGGCAUCUUUGUGCAGUUCACCAAGGAGCGCAGUGUGGCGCGGGAGGCGGGACUGCGUCCCGGCGACCAGAUCCUCAGCGUCAACAGCAUCGACUUCUCGGAUGUCCUCUUCAGCGAGGCGGUGGCCGUGAUGAAGAGCAGCAGCAAACUGGACAUGGUGGUGCGCACGGCGGCCGGAUGUGACCUCUUUCCGGGUGAAUCCAGUGGCUACAACAGCUCCGCCAGUUCGGUGACCGGGGAUCAGAGUCCUUGCUGGGCGGAUGCCAAGUCGAAGCGAUUGACAGCGGUGAGGGAGGAGUCCGGAGCAGGGGGGUCCUUGAGUGCGGGAUCUGCAUCGGGCAAUCCCAGCUGGUCGCAGGGUGUCGAAGUGCACAAGCAGAUGAACAAGACCAUUAUCAAGUUGACGGAGAAUGGAACCUCCAUUAACAACACCUACAUAGCCAGUUCCGGUGGCAGUUCCGUUUCCGGUUCCUCAGCCAGCGGAACUUCCGGUCGCAGCCAGCAAUCGCACUCGCAAUCGCAAUCGCUAUCGAGUCCCUCCCGCAAUUCAACCACCAUGAAGCGCAGCCACCUGAGACCUGUCAAUCCUUCGGGCUCAGGAGUGGGAUCAGCCGGGGGACCGGGAUCAGGAGCUAUCGCUGCACCUGCUCCACCGCCACCGGCCAUCAAUGAAGGAGCUUGUGCCGGCGGCUCCGUGGGCAGCAGCCUCUCCAGUGCCAUAACCGAGGAGCUCAAGAAGCGCAAAGAGAAGCAGCAGCAACAACAGCAGCAGCGCAACAAUCGCGAUCGAGAUAGAGAUCGGGAUGGAAAUGGAAACGUGGACCGACAGUUGGCGGGGCACAAUGGAAAUGGAAUUGGAAAUGGAGGCCACCGCAUCACCAGCGGGCAAGUGUCGCAUCGCCAGAGGGCGAGUGUUGCUGGCGUGGCUGCAACAUUGCGGGGCAGCGAACGCAUCAGCAAUUCGGGAGGAGGAGGAGGAGGCGGAGGAGCAGGUGCAUCAAACGGAGCUGGUGGAGAUCAGCACACGGCACUGAUGGAUGAAUUCAAGCGGGCUCACCAGCGAAUGUUCAGGAACGGGUUCCAUGAGAGCGAGCACAAGGAGCGUGGUGAAACGCUAAAACGCACCUCGAUAAUGCCCGACGAGAGCUGUUAUCGGAAUAGUAUCAACAGCAAUGGCUUUAGCACCAACAGCAACAGGAGCAACAGCAACAGCAACAGCAGCAACACGAGCAACAGCAGCAGCAACACCAGCAACAAUAAUCGCCUGCAGCCCCAGAAUGGAAUUAAUCCGGCGAAUGGCAAUGGAUCGCCGGAACUUCCUCCACCGCCACCGCAGUUCGCUAAUCCCCAGCCAAAGCAGAUGCCGCCCCAGCAGCUCAAGCUGAUUGCCGGAAAUGGAGUGGCAAACGGAAACGGAAACGGAAGUGGGCUUGCGAGUAGGAGUGGGAGUGGGAGUGGAUUGGGCAACGGCAGCUUGGCCAAGGUCAAGCAGCCCAUGUCGCCCAUGCGCAGUGCCAGCAUCAGUGUGGGCGGAUUCCGGCCACCGGCCACGCCCCAACCCGACUACGAUGCCGUCCAACUGAGGUCUCCCCCAGGAUCAGCAUCCGGAUCCGGAUCGGGAUUGGCCACGAGUCAGCAGCAAAGACGCACCCUGCGCCUGGGCACGGUGACCAUCGGGGAGUACGGGGAUCAGAGGACGACGGGCAAGAGGGAAACCCUGCGGAAGAUCAACGGGGAGGCCGGUUCCAAUGGGAUCCUCAAGAACGGGACCAAUCGGAGUAGCGCCAGCUUCAAUCACGGGUCCACCCACCAGCCGGAAAAGUCCAUCAAGUUCGGCAACUGAUCGGGCAUUACCCGGAUAUAUAUUUAUAUACUUUUGUGCAAUAUGCUCGAUGACCAAGUAGGAGAAUCAACAAGGAGAGUACAAAAAUCGGACGUGCAGCGGCUUUCCAUAUGGAUUAUUUUAUAUAAAUUUUUUUUUUGUUUAAACCUAACUAUUAUUGUACUUUUAUUACGAUUUGUUGGAAAUAUUGUAUCACUAGUUGCUAUUAUUUAACAAACACUGUAAAUAACCCACAGGCGAGAGAGUGUGUGUGUGUGUGUGUUUCCAAUAAAGCAUAUACCUUA